AUGCGUCGAAGCUCUUUCUUAACACUGCUUCUAUUUACCUUCCAUAGCGUCCUUGUAAGUGCCGAGAACACAUAUCAGAGAAUAUCCGACUCCGGUGCCAAGAACACGAAUCAGGGAGUAUCCGUGAAAUCCGACUCAAGCCUCGCAGGACUUCAAGCAGUCGACGCGCAUCAGAGCGUUCAGGGCGACCAUACAGCAGUUCACGCAGAUGCAAAGCCCGACGGGAGCGCGGAAGAAGAAGCUCGUGGUCUGAAAAAACUAUUUAGGUGGAAGCCCAAGAAUGUGGCGAAGUUACAAAGGAGUCCAACGUUGAUGAAAGGAGUGGAGCAUCUCAAAAACAAUCCAGCGCUCAUUACGAAGAAUCUCAGGACUAUCAACAAAAGCAACCCUACGGUGGUGAAAAGGUUCGAGGCUGUAGCGAAUAACCCCGGUGUCGUGGAGUCUCUACAAAAAGCUCCCAAGGCACAAAGCGCCAAAAAGCUGAACUCAUUCCUGACCAAGGACGAAGAUCUCUCCGACGAUAUCGCAGAACUUGUAUGGGGCCUCGUCGUCCUCUUUAUUGUUGGCAGCCUAGUUGGUACGAUAUCUUGGGCAUUUGGGCAAGCCUUUCGCGAGCCUUGA